UAUAAAGAAAGAGUUUUCAGACAGACCUCUCUCUCCCUCUUCUUUCUCUCUCUCUACUGCGAGAGACAAGACCAACUUGUGAAACACAAGACCCAUGAAACUCCAUCGGAAUUCCCAAAUCACGUUAUCGGGUCAUCGGGUUUCGGAUCUGCCACCCAGUUCACCAACACCACCUUCCCCUCCUUUUUGGGUUUCCCAAUGAUCACACCCCCCACCUCCACUUCCCCUUCUCUUCUUAACAUUCUCUCCCAUCGAUAAUUUCAUAUGUUCCCCUUUCGAACACCUUACUUUACUUAUUGAUCAUCCCUCACCAACCUUCCUUAGCCUCUCUCUGUCUCCGCCACUCCGUUUAGCUAUUAGUUUGUGCAUCUUUCCCACUUAGAAAGAAGCCAACUUUUGUUGGGGUUUCAACAUAGAGCAAGACCCAUCAUAGACUUUGAUCUCUAGUUGACACUUUUUCUGUAGAGAGAGAGAGAGAGACAGAGAGAGGGAGGGAGAGCUUAUAAUCAUCGAAGUUAUGGCAGGCUCAAAUCCACAGGAAGGACUAGGGGAUGAGUUCUUUGAGCAGAUCUUGGCUGUGCCACCCGGACCUUACUCUGGUGGCUCCUUGCCCAUGGUCUUGCAACUCGGCUCCGGCCGUGGCGGCGGCGGCGGCGAAGAUGGCGGCGGCGGGGGGCUGAGGGGCAUGGGGGUGAUGAUGCCCCUGGGGCUGAAUUUGGAACAAGGUGGACUGUUCAGGCGUGAGGAUGUUGAGAACAGCACUAGUGCUUCCUCCACCACUUCGGCCAUUAAUAUGGAGAGAGAAGCAGGAGGAGUCCAUCACAACAACAUGACAAGCUGCUUCUUCCCAGCAUUUGGACAGUUCCAGCAGGCUCAGUCAGUCCAGCCACCUCCUCCCCACCCACCCCCUCCUCAGCUUCACCCGGCCUUCUUGAAUCAGCCUACAGCGGGGUCACCGAACCCGCCGGCUAUACGCCCGAGGGCACGAGCUAGACGAGGGCAAGCCACGGAUCCUCACAGCAUCGCUGAGCGGUUGCGCCGAGAAAGAAUUAACGAAAGAAUGAAGGCAUUGCAGGAGUUGGUUCCCAGUUGCAACAAGACGGAUAGAGCAGCCAUGCUUGAUGAAAUCGUGGAUUAUGUGAAGUUCUUAAGACUCCAAGUCAAGGUCCUAAGCAUGAGUAGAUUGGGCGGCACUGGUGCCGUGGCUCAACUUGUAUCUGAUGUACCCCUCUCAUCAGCUGAGGGCGAGAUCAUCGAAGGUGGGAACAAUCAACCGGCGUGGGAGAAGUGGUUGACGGAUGGUACAGAGCAGCAAGUGGCAAAGCUGAUGGAAGAAGAUGUCGGGGCUGCUAUGCAGUUCCUCCAGUCCAAGGCGCUCUGCAUCAUGCCCAUUUCACUCGCCUCCGCAAUCUUCCGCACGGGCCAACCAGACAUGUCCCGGUCCAUCAAGCCCGAAUCCAGCACCCCUUCCUGAAGCACCCUGAACACAUGCCAGGCGACAUCAUAGCUGCAACAACGCCUCGGUUCCUCAGGUCCGACCGGUUUGAGAUCAUUUCCAAGUCAAUGUAGCUCCUUUUCAACCAAGUUGCUUAGUGCCUAAUGUUCAUAGUUUACUGUCACCGUCUUAAAAUGGGUGUGAACUUGUGGUUCCUAUCCCUUAAUCACAGCCUAAAAAUUGCAUCAGUUUCAUGUUCUUUUCAAUUCAUCCAAGGAAAAGUCAAAAGCAACUUUUUUGCAAAA